GCCGGGGCCGCCCCCUGCGCUGCGGCGGCCGCGUCUGUGCGGGGCGGGCACGCGGUGUCCGUGCGCGGGUCCGUCCGCGCACCCCUCGGUUCCUCUCCGUCUCUCGGCUCUCCUCUCCAUCCUUCCCAGCAUCCUUCCGCCUACCCCUGUAUCCCUCCCCGCACCGCCCCACCCCUCUCCGCACCCCUCCGCCCGCCCCACCACCGCAGGGCCGUUCCUGCGCGGUCAUGUCCGGGAGGCCGCGUUUCCUCUGCGGCGUGGUGGAAGGUUUCUAUGGAAGGCCAUGGUCCAUGGAACAGAGGAAACUGCUCUUCAGAUGGCUGAAGCGCUGGGGGCUGAACUGCUACAUGUACGCACCCAAAGACGAGCUGAAGCAUCGGCUGCUCUGGCGAGAGCCUUACACACAGCAUGAGGCAGCCCAGAUGCAGUCUCUCAUCAAAGCUGCCCAGGAGCACGAUGUGGAGUUCAUUUUCGCCAUUUCUGCUGGCCAGGACAUCGUGUUCUCAAGUGCUGGGGACAGGCUCCUGCUGCAGCAAAAACUCAGGCAGGUGGCCGCCCUGGGAUGCAGUGCCUUCGCACUGCUUUUUGACGACAUCGAUCCCUGCAUGUGCCGUGCUGACAGAGAUGUCUUCCCCUCCCUGGCGCAGGCACAGGCCUCUGUGGCCAAUGAAGCAUACCGGGAGCUGGGCCUGCCUCCCACCUUCCUCUUCUGCCCCACAGAGUACUGCAGCUCACUCUGCUCCCCCAGCCCUGCUAAGUCCCGUUACCUGCAGACCCUCGGUCAGGAGCUGCUCCCAGAGAUCGGGGUCAUCUGGACAGGCCCAAAGGUGGUGUCCCAGGAGCUCUCGGUUGCAUUGGUGGAGGAGGUAGAGCACGUCCUGCAGCGUCGCCUCCUCAUCUGGGACAACCUCUUUGCCAAUGACUAUGACUGCCGGCGUGUCUUCCUGGGCCCCUACACGGGUCGUGCCCCUGGCCUCGUGCCCCGGCUCUGCGGGCUGCUCCUCAACCCCAACUGUGAGCUCCAGGCCAACUUCAUCCCCAUCCACACUCUGGGCAGCUGGUUCCGCAGUGAACUGUGGGGCUGCACCCACACCAACAGCACAGGGACAGAGGCUUCAGCAGAGCUGGGGGAUAGCCAGGGUCUGCAGGAGGGUUACAGCCCUCAGAAGGCUCUGGAGCUGGCACUACUCGACUGGGUGGCCGAGAUAAAGCAGCAGGUGCUGGAGGCAGGAUGGACUCCGCUGCACCCCAGCACCGUCUGCAAGGAAGAAGCAGGGCUGCAUCCUGGCACAGCAGAAGGGCAGGAAGCCCUGCUUGACCCCCAGCCUUGUGGCACUGCUCCCAGUGAGGCAGACCAGCGUGAACCUGAGCCCUGUGCCGUGACAACAGGGAAUAGAAAGAGGAAGGCAACCUCAGUACCUGAAGAGGGCAAUGGGAGCAGGGCCUCUGCUGGUGGCCCACAGAGCCCUGCAGGGGAUGGGGACCAGCUCGCUUCAGGUAGCAGAGAGAGUUGUGAGCCCUCCUCUGCUAUGCCCAGCACAGCAGGGAGCGACAGGUCUUCAGGAGCUCCUGUGGCUGAUGAGACCGUCCACAGCCUGGGGACACCAACGUGCUGCAGCAGUGGGGCCAGCACCUGCCAAAGCACUCCCCUGGACAGCAGUGAUGGCAGGGAAAGGGGCAGCAGCCCUCCUGGCAGUCCCCAGCCUGGGGCCAGCACUGCUGAUGUGCUCCAGAUACCCUCAGGGUGUAAGGCUGACCCCAGACCUGGCCCCAUCUCACAGCUUGUUGAUGGGGCCACCACCAGCCCUGUCCCCACAGCACUGCUCACUAACGGGACUGCUGUAAGCCCUAUCCCCACUGUACCACUGAUCUCAGAGGAGGGCAGGUCUGACUCCAGUGCCCCACUGACCAUGGAGGAGGCGCGGAUGCUGGUGGAGCUCUUCUACCUGCCCUACCAUCACGGGCCACAGGCGCAGCAUCUCUUGGAAGACCUUCAGUGGCUCCGGGCCAACAGUCCCAACAUGGGAGUCCCCACCAGAUCACCGAACUCCUGUGUGGUUGCACAGUGGCGCAGUCGGGCCCGCUCCUUCCAGCAGCUCUGUGCCCAGACGUGCUGCCUGCACAGCCGCUUCGUCCACAGUGCGGGGCAGGCGCUGCUCUACGACCUCCACCCCUACCUGUGGGACAUCCGCAACCUGCUGCUGGCUGCCAGCGCCUUUGUGCUGUGGUUGGAUGGCCGCCUCCUGUGUGAUCCUGACCACAAGGGCACCUGGGGAAGCUGCUUUGGCUGGUGCCAGAGCAUCACUGCCCCGCUCUUCCCAGGGGAGGACGCUGAGCCCUGGGUGCGCCGUGGGGGUCUCUUUGGAGAGCUGCAGGCACUGCUGCCAGUGGGGAACAGCUGUGACCUCUUUUGCCACCCACCUCCGCUCUUCCCAUCCCGACAGUUGUACCUCCUGCACCCACUGCUGCCCCAGGACAAGGGAAAGUUGUACCAAAUGUGCCGGGAGGGUCUGGACGGUGACCCCAGCACUGCAGAGGUCCUCGCAGCCCACCCCAACCUACUGGGUGACAGGGUGCUGGGCAGCUUCCUGAGCCUCAGCCCUGAGUACACCUUUGUGCUGGAGGAUGCGGGCGGCCCCUGUGGCUAUGCAGCUGGAGCGCUCUGUGCUGAACGAUUCCUGCAAGAGCGCGACAGCAGCUGGCUUCCUGCCAUGCAGCGCAGGUACCCCCGGGAGCUGGGGGUCCUGGGACAGGGUGUUCUGGAAGAAGCACUGCUCUUCUUCCACACAAAGCCGCUGCCCGUGCCGCUGCCCGUGCUGCGACGCUUCCCCUCCCUGGUGCAGCUGGACAUGGCCCCGCGAGUGCAGGACAUGGGUGCUGGCUGCAGUCUGGCUGUCAGCCUGCUGAGUGCCCUCAGAACCAACGGCUCACGGGGAGUGUUUUGCCAAGUCAGUGCUGCAGACCACCAGCAGCUGAGCUUCUACAGCAAGCUGGGCUUCAUCGCGUUGCCCUUGCCCUGGCCCAGCUCCCCUGGCACGCAGCUCCUGGGACGUCUCCUCUGAGCAAACAUCAGGGGCAGGCAUGGGGCAGCACCACGGGGCCCCAUCCUACACAGCAUCGCUGCAUGGCUGGAGGAAUUGGGAGUGUGGAGCCUUUCGGGCAGGGCAGGGACAUGGGAUUGUGGCCUGGGGGUGAGUGAGGUGCUCCUGGGGUGUGUGCAGGUCACCAGGCUGUGGGCUUUAUGGCAAGAGAGAAGCAUUUCUGCCCUUUUGGGAGAUAUGGGCACUGGGGACCUUCACUCUUGCUAGCUGAGCACCCUGUAGCCAUGCAGGGCAUCCCUGGGCUGUGCAGAGCUCCCAGCCCACGAGUGUGGGGUGGUGGUCCUGGAGCAUAGCACGGUAGUGUGCCUGUCCUGCGGGUGGGGCUGUCCAGCUCUCCAUGCCGGUGUGGAUCCAGGUGGGGAGGCUGGGGCUGGAGCUGGUUCUCGACACCCAGGAGCUGCUUGUUUGUGUGGAUCAAGCUUGCACGGGGCACAGAGAGGCAGACCCCAUUCUGCUGCCUGAGGACUGAAGAAAGUGCUACCCAUGGUAAUAAAGCAUUUGCUGGCCUCA